CCGUGGAGACAGUGGGCCCUAGCUGGUGCUGCCCCAUCUCAUAGAGACACAGAGUCCAAGGCCAGCAGCAGCGACCACCAGAUCAGCUCGUCUGACCCCGGCUUAGCACAGGCCACCCAGCUCCCGGCACGCGAAAUGAGACCCAAGUAUUACAGCAUACCGAAAACCAGAGUUAUGUGCCACAGGCAGAGAAUAGGAGGGACUCCGGCCCAAAUAGCAGGGAAAUAUUGAAGUGAGACACACCCAGGUAAUCCUGGCAAGUGACCCACACCUACAUGCUGCAGAGGAAGGUUGAAAACCCUCAAGGUCACUUCCAGUCAGACCUGGAGGAAAAUUGCUUCCCAGCAUAUGGGAACAUUGGUGCUGAGAAUAUGGAUUCUAGGGGGCACUAUCCCAUUGCGAUCCAAGUGCCACCACAGGGCUGCCAACUGCCUUUGGGCAGUGCCCUGUCUCGACCCUCUGCUGUUGCCAAGCCAAUGGGUCUCAUCAGGCCCUGCCUUAUUUCUCUGUGGAUAUUGCUCUGUGGAGACAGGAUCUCAGCCGGUGCUGCCCCAUCUUGAUCUGACCGUCACCACAGAGAUGACGGGUACCAGUGGACACGGCCCCAUCUCAGUCUGAGCUUUGCCAGGAAGGUGACAAGUCCUAGUGGAUGCGCCCCAUUGUUUGUUCAGUUUGAGUGUCGUGAAGGAUGUGACUGCUGGACCCAGUGUGGAAUGCUCUGCCUCGAUCCUCUUGGUUAUCCUGACGUAUUGUGGCUCCUGCAAUCUCAGAGCUUAAUUGAAGAUGGCAUCAUGUCUGUACGAAUGCCUUUGUGAGGCAGAACUUGAAAAAUAUUAUCCUCAGUUUGUUGCCCUGGGCCUUCAGAAGAUAGAUGAGCUAGCCAAGAUUGCCAUGAAAGAUUAUGCCAAACUAGGGGUCCAUAACAUGAAUGAUCGCAAGCGCCUCUUUCAACUCAUUAGAAUAAUCAAGAUUAUGCAGGAAGAAGAGGAAGGAGCAGACACAACCAAGCAAGAUUUUCAACCAUGUGACUUAUACGUCCAACCUCAAGUGACCAGGUCAGGUCCUCGUAGACAACUUCAUUUUGAGUCCCUCUUUGAGAAAAAGGAUGGAACAGUUAAAGACUAUGAACUUGAAUUGCAGAGUUUCUCUGAUUUCUAUGCUAACAAAGAGAAGGAAAGUUGGGUGGAAAUGUUAGGACAUGUUCUACCAGGAGACUCAGCGGACAAUAAAAUAACCAGAAGAGACAUUCUGAAUGUUCCUGGAACAUGCACACAAAAUGAACUGGACUGUCCUACAAUAUAUUCUUCAAAUAACAUUGCCCCUUUGUUGGGGGAUUCUGAAGCUCCGAUCAUACAAAGAGUAACUCAUAUUUCCGGGUAUAAUUAUGGACUACCUCAUUCUUAUAUCAGAUCUAGUACCUCUGAGAAGGAGAUGCCGUGGACAGAGACUGACAAAAUCCGAGUGUGUGUCAGAAAGCGCCCGCUGGGCCUGAGAGAGGAGCGGCGGGGGGAAGUUAAUAUCAUCACAGUGGAAGAUAAAGAAACUCUUCUUCUCCAUGAGAAGAAGGAGGCAGUUGAUCUUACCCAGUAUAUUCUGCAGCAUGUUUUUUAUUUUGAUGAAGUCUUUGGGGAGGCAUGUACCAAUCAGGAUGUGUAUAUGAAGACUGCUCACCCCCUAAUUCAGCACAUUUUUAACGGAGGCAACGCCACUUGCUUUGCAUAUGGACAGACUGGUGCUGGCAAGACUUACACUAUGAUAGGGAGUCACCAGAACCCAGGACUCUAUGCACUGGCUGCUAAAGACAUUUUUAGACAACUAGAGGAAUCUCAGUCAAGGAGAGAGCUCCAUGUAUGGAUCAGUUUUUAUGAGAUCUACUGUGGACAGCUUUAUGACCUGCUAAAUGGAAGGAGAAGACUUUUUGCAAGAGAAGAUAGUAAGCAUGUUGUACAAAUCGUUGGCCUGCAUGAGGUUCAAGUGGAUACUGUAGACCUACUAUUAGAGGUAAUUUUGAAGGGUGGGAAGGAGCGUAGCACUGGGGCGACUGGAGUCAACUCAGAUUCCUCCCGUUCUCAUGCUAUCAUCCAGAUUCAAAUUAAAGACUCUGCAAACAGAAUGCGUGGAAGGAUCUCUUUCAUUGACUUGGCUGGUAGCGAGAGGGCAGCUGAUGCCAGAGACUCAGACAAACAAACAAAAAUGGAAGGAGCAGAAAUAAACCAAAGCCUUUUAGCUUUAAAGGAAUGUAUUCGGGCUCUGGAUCAGGAACAUGCUCAUACUCCUUUCCGGCAAAGCAAAUUAACUCAGGUAUUAAAAGAUUCUUUCAUUGGAAAUUCUAAGACGUGUAUGAUAGCUAAUGUGUCACCUAGCCACAUAGCUACGGAACACACCCUGAACACAUUACGAUAUGCUGACAGGGUAAAAGAACUAAAGAAAGGGAUUAAAUGUUGUACCCCUGUCACAAACAGAUGUCGGAUAGCUGGAAAUGUAUCUCCAAAACGUAUCCAAAACUCUCCUUCCAUGCACAUGGGAGAUAAGAGCUCUCCAAAGAAAGUAAAACUAGGACUCCAUCAUCCUUUAAGUUCUUUGAGAAUAAAGGCAUCUCCUUCAGUGUUCCAUCCAACCAAUGUCCCUUUUUCCUCUACCCCAAAAGGAGCCAAGGGCCAUGUCCACAAAGGAAAUCCGAGCUCACCAUGGCUCAAUCACACCAGUCCCAUUAAAGGAAUGCUAAAGAUAGGGCAUCCCGUGAAGAAAAAGACUGAUGAACUGACACUGCCAUCUGAGAAGCAUCAUACUGCAAAAGAUUUUGUUGUUGCAACAGCUGCAGUCCCAGAGACAAAAGAGUGUGGCCAAGGAGAUAAUUGUAUUCAAGAUAAACAACCUGUCAGAUGCCUGAAAAUACAGACAGUGCAACCUGUACAAAAGCAGCUCAUUUCCAGAGAUGGCUUUUCCUUUGGAGAUGGAAAUCACCCAUCAGACAGCAGUCAGUUCUGUGCAAAUGUUUUUACUAAACAGUGCAUUGAAACUUGGGCAAAUCUCCCUCCACAUCAGAAAGAAAGGGAACAACAUUUGCGCCUUUACCACCAGCAGUUUCAGCAGCUACCUAUUCUACAGCAGAAGUUGAACUAUCAACCACUUGAGAGGUUUUUAGCCCAAUACAAGCCCCAGGAAAUUACAGUUAAACAAGACCAGAGCCUUCCUCCCACAGACUCACAAUGCAAAGAGGGGAUGCUGCUGGAAGACCUGGAUGACAGUGAUUUUAGUGAAGACUCUUUCUCACCUAUAUCCAACCAAAGGAAAGUUAAAAGAAACACCAGUGACAGCAGCCAACUUUCAUUUUUCCUUCAUCAGAGAGAACAAGAAAGUGAGGAGAAGAAAGGCCGAGAGAGACUGGGUUUAUUUUUUGAACAUGCAACACAUACACAAGAGCAUGAACUUAAUGACAGCUGGGACUAUGGGAAGGACUUUGCAUUUCCAGAACCAGGGGAGCCUAUUAUAGAUGGAGAAAGCAGCAAGAUUCAGUCUGAGUGGAGCACAGAGGAGGACUUUACUAUUGAUUCUUCUGUGAACAAUAAUACUGCAGAAAAACCUUAUUGCUUGCGGGAAGAACUUGUCUGUAACUGGAAAAACAGCAAGGAUUUACCAGCUGAUCACAAACAAUACAAAUCCGAAUACAGACAUCUAGUUUAUCCUGGUGAAAGCUCCUCAUUCCCAGAAGAGGGGACACAAAGUCCCCAUGUUCUCCACACAUUGGAUUCGGGGACUACAAAAUGCAACAAGAUCAGCCUUCCACAUGCACAAAGGGAAGAAUCCAUCAAAGAUGGACAAGCUCCAGUUGCAGGAAAUGUAGAAGGGAAGAAACUAAAAAAUGGAGUUAGCCCCUGUGGAGCUUCUAAUACUUCAUCAGAAUUCACUUCUGAGCUGAUGGCCCCUCUGACAAUGUCUCUCAUUGAUAGUGAGGAGGCAGCUGAUCCAGAGAACAUUCUUUCUGAUCAGGAAGAGGCUCUCCAAGUGAAACAGAUGUUGGAAAGAAAAACCUGUAGUCCCAGCAAAAGAUUAGAGGGAGAGGCCAGGCAGUUUCUUAGAAAUAAAGCCUCACCAACAGGCAGCAUGCCUGAGCUGGGUGAACAAAUGUACCACGGUGAAAGGAAGUCCACUCAGCAACAUUCCCCACAAAUUGAGAACAAGCAGCUCUCACAGUCCUGUCAUGAUGCAAAGCCUUCUUGUAGCCUUGGAGGUUCAUCUCCAUGGAACACACAUCAAAGUUCUAUUAAUGGUUUAUUUGUCCGAGAUGAAGACUUGACAGAAGCAUCAGCAUCUGUCAGAGUCAAAAACCCUUGUGGAGAGAAUGAAGAUGAAUUGUUUCUUCAUAACUUAAAGUGCAGAAAAUACCUGGGUAACAACAGGCAGUAUGAUGCUGAUGCUGAGAAUACCACUGGUAGCCUGUUGAGCGGCCCAGAAAAAUCUAGCAUGGGUAAAGGACCCAAUGUUGGGCCCAUGUCUCAGACUGUACAUGCUGAUUUGCCUGAAAAGGGUUAUUUUUCAUGUGCCCCAUCCAUUCUGAAUGCAGGAAGAUUGGAGUGUACAACUUCAUCCCGCUCUAGAGAAAGCAGCCCACUGCAGCCCAGGUCAGAAUUCAGAAGCAAGGACUUGAACCAUUCUGAAGAUACAUUCAAGUUGUCAUUCAGUGGUGAGGAAAUAGGGCUGCUUAAGAAUAAACUGAUGCAAAGUAUUUUUACCCAAGACUCUGGUGAUGCUGCGGAACAGGAUUCAAGAUCCGUUACCAGAGAGAUCAGAUCAUUAGCAAAUCAAAACACUCGCCCAAAUCCAUCCGUCAUUAGCGCCCAGAUCAAUACGUCAGAAACAUCAAACUGGAACAGAGAAGCGCUGGGAAAGGCACAGCAGGUUGUAAUUCAAGCCCAUCGAGAGCAGCUGAAUGAAAUGGCAUCCCUGUGUUUUGAGGAAGAGACCUUGAUAAAUCAGAUGUCAGCAGCAGAUUUUGAAAAUUAUGUGACCAAACUGGACGAAAUCCUGAUGCUGAAAUCAAAGUGUAUCCAAAGCAUGCGAGCCCAGCUUCAGCUCUAUUUAGCCUGUCCCGAGACUGACGCUACCCUGCAAAGAACUACAACACCUUAGUCCGCUUCAGGUUGCAUUCAUCCCACACUGACUAGUUACUGCAACAAAUGCUCACUAUUUCCCGACCUUUGGUGGUCAGGUACCCCUGCAGCAAGGGAGGUGGCUAGUGUAACGUUUGGUGUUUAUGAUUAACGUAUAUUUUAGAUAAUGGCUGAGAGAAAUUUAAGUAAAUGAGAAAUCUUUAUAGGUCUGGUUUGAAGCCAGGGGCUCUGUAUUCUUAGGUCCAGCCUUAUAAUAGGAAACCAUAUGCUUUGAAGCAAUAUUUCUGUAGCCUCAAAAUGCACACUGCAGCAGCUGUGCUGCUGAGAAAAUGACGCAGCUAGGAAAACACUUCAAAACCAGAAAAGUCUGUGAAAAGAAAUAUUCCAGACUUACAAGAACUGUUUUAAGAAGGGAGUGAGGAAAUGGAGGUGAACAGCUGUUAGCUGGAGUAAAAUAACCCAGGCAGAGGUUUAAUGAAAAUCUAGUUACAGCUAGACUGGUGUAUAGUUUCAGCAGAACCAAGGUGGUGGCUAGAGUCAUUCUGUGCCUGCUACUAACACUGCAGACAUAUUGUAACCAGUUGGUUGUAAGGAUUGUAAGGAUGCUUUAAGUGAUGGACAAUAAAUGACUUGUUAGAAGGCUCAUGUGCAAGAGAACUUGCACUGAAAAUUCACUUAACCUGCUGCUGCCUGUACUGAUUUUACAUUGGUGCCAGUUAAUCAGAGGAUCUUGGCCUAGUGGUAGGUGGGAUGGCUGUGGGUCUGUCCAUUGCUGCAGUUUAUGCGGUAGUACAGUUCUCCCGUUCAGAUCAAACUGCAGAACUGAUUUUUCCCCCUUCAGAGCCAGCUGCAAAAUAUCACCAGCUUGGGGGGGGGGGGGGGGGAUUAGACGCUCAUUAGCCUCACUAUUUCCUGAAGUUGGCUGCUGAACCCCACCCAUCAGAGCCAUCAACUGGAUCCCUCCACAAAUGCAACAGACAGGUCUCUUAUGUCCCACAUUUUCUCCACAAAGGAGUAUACCAGCUUAAGCCAUAAGUGACCUUGAAGAAUAUGCAGCUUAGAUCAUGUACUCCAGAAACUGAACACAUUCUAAAAUCUAUUCUAAAAGGAAUCUGAGUUUAUAAAGAACUUUGAUCUAGCCAAAAGGGGCUUGAUCAAAAUAUUGCAGUUAAUCAUAAAUGUCAGGGGUGAAAUAACAAGUGUAUCCUUUGAGAAUCUGAAUUUCCAGUCUGCAUUCAUAACUGCACUGGAGCCUGGGCUUAUGACCGGCAUUAGUACAGUAACCUUUCAGCUAGAUAGACAUACAGUGUUAGCCAGUGGCUUGGGGCUUUGCAAAGGUAACAUCCCUGUGCAAAUGCUCCUAGAAACUUCACAUAUAACAAAUGCUCAGGAACAGAAUUCCAAGGCAAGAAAUAUGCAAAGCAACCCUAAGUUUAGAAGUGAUCUUUCAAAGUUCUCUGACUUCCCUUGCUGUCAGGUCUCCCUCUUGCAACCGGUUGGCUUAUCUCUGGGAGCAGAAAGAGGAUUUAUUCCAAGAUCUGAGGAGUUAAGGUUUUUAAUGUAUUCAGAUUACAAGCCAGCAUCAAGUCACACUUGAAACCAGCAGCUCCAGGAAGCCAGCCAGGUUGCCUUUGCCUCUUAGAAAGUAGCUUUCACUGCUCAGGGAAAUGAGGCAUUCAGACACGGAGAGAGAAAGUACCUGUUUUAUAUUCUUUAAGCAUGACACCUUGGCAUAUACCAAGGCAAACAUGUUUGAUAGUCAGUAGUCAAGAAAAAGCCACGGAGGAACAUGGAUUUCGUUACACUAUUCCCUAGGAGGGGUUCUAAUUACUGAGUGGUAAGAGGAGAUAUGGCACUGAGUUUCUUUGGGAAUUUUCCUUUAAAGUACAUGAUUGUUGGAAAGCCCCUUCCCCUCCCCUCCCCUCCGUCCCUUGUGGGUCAGGAAUGCUCAGAGAGUGGCCGAGAUAGAGCAGACAGUCAAUCGUUCCAGGACUGCAAGCAGAUAGAUCCUGACAUUUUGCAAUAGUGUCCAUAGCAAUUUCUUAGCAUAUUUGCAGAAGACAAAACUUGGUGGAGUGCUGUGGAUAGCAUGCAGGUUAGGCAGGAGCUGGGGGAAGGAAGUGGGAGGGAAGUGUGUGCAGUGGUCACAGGAAGAAGAGAGGGUUCCUCUGGGCAGAUGGUUAUAUACAGAGCAGAAAGUGAGCGCCUGCCAAGGCGAAGACUAGAAGCAAGUGGCAGGACUCGGUGUCUUUAAAUUUGGGGAGCAGAGGAUCCCCAAAGGCAUGCAGGCAGGCACAGCUGAGUAGUAAAACCUUGAUCUACCAGGGAGAAGAGUUUUAAAGACAGGCUCAGCAAAGCAAAAGCCUGAAAGUUCACCGGGAGAGGGGUUAGACACAUUCCUAUGGGGUUAUUUAAAAUGGUCAUUUCUAAGUGGGUGGCCAGAGAAGAACCAUUUGUGACACCAGUUGCAUGAAAAACCCAUUGAGCUUACCUCACUCGUUUUCCAGGAUGUAUCAGUGACAAAUAUGGAUCAGCGAACCAGCCAGUCAUCCAGGAGCGGGUAGCUAGUUUGGAUACAGGAUUUUUGCAUCUCAGCUGAAUCACCAUGUAAGCCUUAAAUGCUCUGUCUCAGUGCUCAUUCUUCUCAGUUCUCCCGUAUGAAAGGGAUUAGAACUGGCACAUUUCAGCCUAGCAACCCCAUUUCACAAUGAGAAUUCACUGAGCAGAGUGUGAUUCUCCCUGUAAAUGUUAAGUUAAAGGGACACCCAAUAACUUGAAAUCCAGGCAGUUUUUAAAAAGGAGUUAAGUCCUCUCAGGUACUACAUGUGUCCUUGGGUUGUGGUGGCACAAUUGAAUUUUUCUAUUUAAUGCAUUUUUUUCUCCUGUUACUGGGUAAGAGACUCUCAUAAACAGGAGAGGAGACGAAGGCACCAAGCCUGGAAACAUUUGCACACAUUAACAUUAAGCACAGCAAUAGCGUAUUACAUGCCCACUUGUGUGGAGAACUGGGUUCUGAGUGUGGAGAGGAAACAGUAAUAUUGACUACACAAGCUGCUGUCAAAUGCACUAACAAUAUUUUCGCCCUCCAGUCUUUCAGUUCUGUUAUUUAGAUGUUACUGUAAUUCGUGUGCAAGUUGGUGUCUCUUUACAGGUAUAAUCAAGAUGGUUUUCAUUUCAGAUUGAUGAAUGGGGUGUGUGCACAGAGUCUUUAUAAAACAACCUUGUUGUAUGAAGAGCCUGACCACGUAAAAUCAUGUAAACUAAGAACUAAAAUUAAUUCACUUUUGAAUUUGAGUGCAGUGAGUGGAUGUUAGCGUGCAUGGCUGACUUUUGUGUUGUGCUUAAAUUUACUGUAUUUAAAUUAAAAUUCUGUUGACUACAAAAA